CUCACCCGGGCAGCAUUCGGGAGCCUCCGCUGUCGAGACCAGUUGCGCCACAGCCUGCAAGUUGUCGGGAUGUUGUCUCUUCCCCCCAGACGAAGGGACAGCAGCGCAGCCAGGGGUGGGGGUGGGGCCGGGGGCCGCGGGAGGGGGCGGGCAGGUGCCGCGCCGGAGCCGCGGGGCCAAACUCGCCCCGGACGCGCCUCACCGGGGGCGCGCGGCUGCGAGCGUGCAAUGCGCGCGCGCCGCGGCGAGUAUGCGUGUCCCCGAUUUCCCCUUCCUUCCCCGCCAGUCCAACGGUCAGACCGAGCAGCAGGCGGCGGCCCCACGCCCGGGCGCAACCUCUGCGAGGCGAGUUCGGGGAGCGGAGGCCGAGGAGUAGCAACGCCCCGGGCUCGCGCGCCGGUGUCCGCGCAGUGCGCGCGGGAGUCGGAGCGAGGCGCGGAGAGAGCAGGCUGUGCGUCUCCGGGAGGCUGCAGGCCCCGCCCGCCGGCCGCCCAGGCUCUUCCCCUUUUCUCUCCACCCCCUCGCUCCAUCCCUGCUCGCCCUGCAGGGAAGCCGGACCGGUUUACAGCGGCGACGGCGGCGGGAGGCUCCGCUGCAGCCGCACCGGGCGCCCUGUCCAGCUGCCGCGUGUCCGGGACGGAGAGCAGGGCUGGGGCCGGCCCUGGAAUUUGCCGGUUCCUUCAAGGCUCCAGGGCUAGACAGGGGCUUCUGGCGGUUCUCAGAAUCUGUGUCCAGCCGAACUGGGCUGUUUGGGACAGGGCGUCCCCCUUCUCAGGCCACUGGAACUGAUCCUCCUGAUCGUCCGCCCGCUGGACUCUGCUGUUUGUGGCGAAGCCCGUACUUCAAGACGGGUGUCCUCCACCAGGAAGGGACAGGCCAGGAUUUCGAGGCUGCUCCCUUUCUAGAGACAGCAGAUGUUCGCAGAAGUAAGACUUGUCCAACAGGUAAGGAUACGUUGGCGAGGGGUCCCAGGAGAAGGCUGUGUAGGGCAUCCCGCGCGAGCGCGCUGUAAUAGAAGGGCGGGGCCCAAAGCCUACGGACAGCUCCGCUGGCCUGGGGGCACUUGUAAUGUCACAUGCUGUCGGGCUAGCUGUGAAAAGAGUAGGAGCCAGAUCUACUCGGCUAACUAUAGAAAAAAUGCUGACGGGGACGCCAAAGCUAAAUUCACUUAAUUAGAAACUGAGCGGAUCCCGUUUAGCCGAAUCAAAGCAAGUGGUGUUUCUCAGUCUCAUUACUUCCUUCCGCUUUUCCCCUUCUUUAAUAAAACAAAACACUAGCACUGGUGGAAAACGUGGGAUGUAUUCUGUCCGAGGAAGACUAGCAUUUCGUGAUCCUUAUUGUCAAAUAUCCCUAGUGUGGUGAACUAAAAGAUACCCCCCUUAGUCUCUUCACAAAAGCACCUCUUUUUGGUUUUGAAAUCUUUUCCCAUUUCCCAACAUGGAAUGGAGUGCAAUCAUUCCUUGAUAACAAAAUAAUACUACUUUUUAAAGCUUUAUUGAGGCAUAACUAAUAAGACAAAUAUCCAAUAUUUGUUGACCUGCUUUCCCAGCUUUCUUCUUCCAGGUGUGUCUGGUGGUUAUUAAUGAAGAUUUAGGUUAUCAUUUUCUCAGGACUCUGACUUGUGUCUACUUUUACCCAACUCUUUAAAGCUCUGAGCAGGGACAUAUAUCUUUCUAGUCCAGUUUGCUUACUUUACAGACUUGAAAACUAAGGUCCAAAGAUGUUAAGUGACCAGUGGACCUGAACAUGGUUUCCUUGACUCCAAGUUUCUGAGCCAAAACACUGGACUAACAAGAUUCGACAUAGGAUCAGUAGAAGAGUCCACGGAAAACAAAGAUGGAAGAACGACUCAACUGAUGUGGAGCCUGUGUAGGGGGCAGCACCACACUGCUGUAAGCAGCAGGCUAGCAUGGGAUCUGGCCCGGGUAAUCCCAUUCUCUCCUCCCUUGCUCAGACUUCUCUGAAAUUCAAGGAGUGGAAAAUGAAUUCACUUGCCAGAAAAGUGGCGGGGCAAAAGCACGAAUCCACAUGAAAGGCUUUCAUUGUAUCCAUCGACAUCAAAAA